AUGCUGGCUCACAUACAGCUGUUUGAGCUGGCGAACGCCCGCAACUAUCUCCGACCUAGAGACGAGAGAAAGAGGAAGGAAGUACAGAACCGGUUGCUACUUCUAGUUGCCAUCAAUGUGAGAGACCACGUGACACGAAGGAUUUGGUUGAAAGACGUCGAACUCAGGUCCUUGGCCCCGCUGGUCGCAGCUGGCCUGGCGGUGGCACGUCAGAAAAUGCUGCACACAGCCGUCCGACGAGGCGCCACACUUUGGGGCCCACGGUGGUUGGCCAUUGGCCUCGGUGAAAUGCUGCGCCGCGUUGCGUAUAUGAUGGGAGUUCAGUUUGAAAGCGACACCAUCGAAAAGUGGCAAAAGGAUCCAGAGAAGCGGCUAGAUCCGAAUCGUCAAUAUCUCACUUGUUGGCAUCCACAUGGAGCAUUCACCUUCGGCCCAGUCUUCUUCACCAGUAAGAUGUCUGCAGAGUCAACCACAGAUUUGGCCCAAGGGCCACGGAAUUGGUUCGUUGGAGUUGCUACGCUGCUCUUUCGUUUCCCGCUGCUCGGAGAGUACCUGGCAUUGGUCAAUGCGCGGCCAAUAACUCAAAACAUGUCCGACGAGCUGCUUAAUAAGGGCCGUUCCGUGGCAUUGCAGCCUGGUGGCCUACCAGAGCAGAUCAUGACUGACCAUCGCAAGGAGCACCUGGUGUUUCCCCCGAAUUUGGGAUUUUGCCGUUUGGCGUUGAAGCAUGGCAUCGACCUGCUGCCGAUCUAUGCCUUCGGUGAGAAUCAAGUCUUCACCACCUAUCAGUGGGGAAGAGAGACCACUCGAGCGAUAUUCCAGCGUUUCGGCGUUGCGGUGCCGCUCAUUAACCCCAUUCCCAACAAGUUGACGUUGCACAUGAAGUGGGGUCGACCCAUUCCAAUGCCAGCAGCGAUCGCGGAUCCCGAGGAUGCGCUGGUCCACAGGAUCUUUGCGCAGUAUCUCCUUGCCCUUGCAGAUCUGUUCCAAGAGCACGCGGCCAAUUGCUUGCCAAAGGAAGUCGCCCAACAAGGCCUCCAUGUGGUUUGGCGUGGCCAUAGCAAAGAGAAACUGGAUGAGCUGCUGGUCUCAGAGGCUCCUUUGCCUCCACACCAGCGGCGCGAGAGCGCCAGUGGCGAAGCUGUGAGGGCCACCAUGGUGAAAAGACAUCGCGGCACCGCGGAUUUGCUUUUCAAGCUUCUGAUGCUGCACCUUCUACCUAGACUUUUCUACUGUCCACAGAUCUUGGUGGCAAAGAGCAAAAAGGCUACCCGGAGGCUAUGGAACCCAGAUGGCUUGGUUGAAAGUUUGCCCUUCUGGGCAGUGAACAUAUCAGUGGAGAGGAGAUCGGGCUUGCGCUUCAUCCUGGACUUCGUGACCGCCUCUGACCCCUUCGAAGUGGCCUUCAGCUGGACUACACCUUCGAGCUGCCCCUUCGCCAUCAUCGAGCUGCCCUUCCUGCUGGACAUCCACAACGUGCUGAACUACCUCAACGAGCUGCUGCUGCCAUUGCCCUACGACCAGGACGUGCCACCAGGGUGGCAGCCAGGGGACUCAAAGUAUCCCCUGAAGCAGUUUCUUGAGAGGGUGAAGAUGUGGUACCGGUUGUAUGAUGGACCGGACGAGGCAGUGGGUCCGUUGCUGGCUGGGAGAUUGAGAGGAAGGGCACAGCAGUUGGCCAUGAACCUCCGACUCCCUGACCCACAUGGUCACGUGGAUGUAGGCGACGCUGCACUUGUUCGCCUCAGCGUGGAUGAAGUCGCCGACCCGGUGACAGGUGCCAUCAUCCAACAGGCGAUACCCAGUGGAGUACAAGCCCUACUACAUGCCCUGAGGAGCGCCUUCGGAGAAGCAGAACAACUUCAGGCAACCAAAGCCCUUGAAGUUUUCUUCGAAUUCCGUCGUGGCCGACUCCCAAUUCCUGAGUGGAGUGUGCAAUGGGAAUUGAACCUGGAGGAGGCCGUACUACAUGCUGGUUUGGAAGUGAAUCCAGUGGCGAAGACCUACCUCUACUUCAAAUCCUCUGGACUGCCUCAAAAGACGGUGGACGACUUGCUGCUGCAGGUGCACGGCGACAUGCGCCGCUUCGAAGAAGUGCGCACUCUACUUCUUCGUAUGGCACACCGCAGCAUGGACUCCAACCAGAGCGCGAUGUAUGAGGAGGUCAACAAUGCCUACUACCUGGACGACCUGGACACCAACAGCUGGAGCACUGUGACGGAAAGCUCAUGGCAUGAUGACUGGAAUACAUACUACAACCAGGACGAGCUCUACUCUUGGUACGAGGACCCCAACGAGCACUACGAGUACUAUGAGGAGGAAUGGCCUGAACAAUGGAACUACGAUGCCGGCUACGAUGAGGAGCCCGCUGAACAAGCUGAAGAAGAACCUUCCGAUGCAGCCCACAACAACAUCAAUGACGAGACCUACUACAAAGGAAAAGGGAAGUCCCGAUCCACAACGAUGGGACUGGGCUGUUCACUCUGUGGUUCAAAAUGGCACAACACUCACAGCUGCCCUCUGAGUGAGCCGAAGGGCAAGGGUUCCAACAAAGGCUACAACAGGAGCAAGGGCAAGGGCUACAACAAAGGCUUCGGAAAGUCUCCAUACCGCAAAGGCUUUGGGAAGUCAAAAGGAUACGGCAAGAAGGGCAAGUAUCCCAUGAAGAAGGGUUUCGGCAAGAAAGGAGGAUUUUGGAGUGAAGAGCUUCCACAAAACUUCACUGACUACUACGGUGGAUCCUAUCUCAUGAACUUCAAGGACGAGAUCCCUCAAAAGAGCAGUUCAUCGACCUCUACAACCACAAGACUGGUGGCCAUGGACUCGCCUGAAAAGGAAGAGCUGCUCACGGGAAAGAAAGUGAGAUUUGAAGAACAUCCACCUGGUGAUCAGGAAGAUGAGAAGCCUGCUGAGAAAACCUCCAAGCGCCUGAACUUCCCCGAGGUGGAGACUUCCAAUGCCGACAACUACCACAUGGUGAGAGGAGACCGCAUUUGCGGUUUGCUGGUGGAUCCUGGUGCUGCCAGUGGACUCAUUGGCACAGAUACCCUUCGAGAACUUCUGGAUGCUGGCAUGGUUCCACAUGACAGAGCCAGCGAAGUGACAUGGGGACCAAGCACCACCAAGGUCACCGGCAUCAGUGGUCAAAGCGAUGACACCCUUGCCAGAGUCAGCCUGCCGUUUGUCAUGCCUGAUGGAGAUGAACAUGGAGUUCCUGGCAACUACUCCGCCGACUUGAUUGGAGGACAUGGAAGCACUUGCCCUGCACUUCUACCAAACACCAGCCUGAGGCAGAUGAGAUCGGCAGUGCUUACCCAAUGGUAUGACAACGGAGACGGCAUACUUGUGUGCUCUACGAACAACCUCCGUCCUGACCAACCUGGAGCCAAUCUGGUGAUCCUGCGCCUGCUGCUCACUGAAUCUGGCCACUAUGUGCUACCCGUUCAGAAGGACUUGGCCAUUGCAACCAUCACCGACGAUGAGAAGGAGCAGAUCAGGCGACUAUGGACUGGACAACAUCAACAUCAGCCCUACCAAGCGACGACACUGGAGCAGACUGACAUUCAGACUGAACACAUGCACACCGGCAACAACCAUGUCAAGGAUGCCGAGAAGUUGCAGUUCAAGUCUGAUGCAGACCUGAUUCAGAACGACUCCAAAGACCUCAUUCAGUGCGACAAUAAUGAGAAGCCUGCUGUUGAUGUUUCCAACGAUGGACUUCGAACGGGACAUCAACAGGUGGCUGUGGAUGAACCACCGAUCCAGGUUCUGAUGGGAAAUGACUUCAACAUGGACUAUGACGACGGUGUCUGCGAAUACGCAGGAGAUACCUUCCCAGGGCACUUGCCAGAAGGCAAACUGCGCUACUUGCAGAAGAUGUACAAGGCAGUGCCCGAGGAGUUUUACUCCAAGACGAAGAAGACCCCUGUGACACCUCGCAAUGCCAGAUCUUGGAUGAAGAAACGCAAAGGCAGCAAGUUCCACUUCUGGGAAUGGUGCAGCGGCUCUGGAAGACUGAGCCUCAUUGCGCUUCUUUCUGGACUUUGCGUUCUCUUUCCCAUUGACUACAGGUACGGCUCGGACCUAUCUCAUCCAGAACAUCAACGCAUCAUCUUGGAGAUUGAGCAGGACAACUGUGGUGGCCCCGAUGUUCUGAUGGCAACCCCUUCAUGCCGACCAUGGUCAAUUUCAUCCACGAGAAGAGAUCUGGCGCAGACACAACAAGAGCGAGAAGCUGAACUACCAACCAUCAACUACAUCAAAGGCAAGUUCAAGAAGAGGUGCAAAGACAAGAAGGCAAACAUCCUGGAACAACCGUGGAGUUCUGCACUCUGGGAACACCUUCAAGACCUACCUGGAGAAGUUCAACGCACCGAUCAAUGCCGCUUCAAAGCACAGGAUGAGAUGGGGAACCCAAUCCUGAAGCCGACAGGACUCUACUCCGACUUCCAUCUACGUCACUGCAUUGCCCGUUGUGCUGGACAUCAAGGACGACGUCAUGGAUGGCUUCAAGGAGCUGUGCAAGGUAUGAACAGAACAACCCUUGCAGCGGUGUACCCUGAAGGCCUGUGCAGAUCCCUGGUGAAGGACAUCAAGUGGUACAUCAAUCACCUCAACUACUACGAGAACUUCUACAAAUGUGAACGAUGUGCCAUGGGAAGAGCGGCAACAUCCUCAAUGGAGCACUCAUUCUUGCUUGGAGAGUGUAGAUAUGGAAAAUGGCCAGAGGGACAAGAUCCACGUGAGAAGAAAAGACUUGAGAAGGAGCAACAGGAGAAGGACGACAUCUUCGAGACCUUCAGACGUGAAUCACUGAAGAACCCCAAGGUGAUGCAAGGACGUCUCUCUGCACACCCUAGCUUCUCCUUCAACAGCGAGCAAACAGCUGUGCUGAAGAUGGCUCUCAUCAAACUUCUUUCAGAAAGCGUGGAUGAGUUCGAGGCCUACGACAAGCGCAAGCACGACCACAACUACGUGCAUUGGCUCCAAGACCCAACAGCUCUCAGCUGGCUCAAGAACAUCCUCAAGGAAUACAUGAUUGUGGAAGGAGCCAUGGCCUGCCUUCAACCUUGGUCUACACCAACUCCCAAUCCACAGAUGACGGUGGAAGAAGCACCACUACGACUGCUGCUACGAGGCACUGUGGAGAGUUGGAAGAUGGAUCAAAUUGAAGAUUUACGAGAACUCAGUCUGAGCCAAUGGAACUCCCCAGUCAACUUGGAAGAAGACUGGAUGGUGGCCAUUUUCGGAAAAGAUGCUGAAGAACAACCUACAACGUCCUCUACCUCUUCAAGAUCCAAACAGCCACGAGACGAUGAUGUGGAGUCUCAAGGCUAUGACCCUUCCAUUGGCGACGAACUGGAAGUUCUGCAACCACCUGCAAUGGAAGUUGAAGAAGCUGAUCAACCAGCUCAGAAUCCUGGCUCUCUCAAGCCCAUCUUCGACUUCAGAAGAGUCUUCACUCGAUUGCCCAAGCUUGCAGGAAAAGAUGAUGUCACAGCAAAACGAUUGAUUCUUGGACUUCAUGAACGGCUGUGGCAUGCGCCAUAUCAAGACAUCAAGAACAUCCUGGUGAGAUGCGGAAUGCCCUAUGAUGUCUGGAAGCUUGCAAGUGAUGCAAUCUCUACAUGCAGAAUUUGCCGGAAGUUUGCAAGAGCUGGGAGAAGACCACAACACCGUGGAACAGAUCUUGCUCUCCAUUUCAAUGAGGUCGUGCAGGUGGACUUGUUCAACUAUGGCGACCAGCAGUUCAUUCUCAUCAUUGACGAGGCCACGAGAUACAAGAUCGCGACCCAAUGUGAAGGUCGUGAACUUCGACACAUCCUGGCCGCCAUCAUGAAAAGCUGGAUCAGAUACUUUGGUCCAGUGAGAACACUUGUGUCGGACCAAGAAACUUCACUCAUGACGAUCCAUGCUGGAGUUGAACUACAACGCCUUGGAAUUGGACGGCGACCUGGAGGCACAACUUCUGGAGUACAAGGUCAGAAACAUACGACCACGGGAUUGGUGGAGAAGCACAUCGACCUGAUCAAGCUGACGAUGGCGAAACUUCAAGCUGAAGCUGGCCGCUGGGGACUUGAGAUAGAAGGUGAAGAACUUGCCAGCGAAGCCAGCAUGGCUGCCAACACAACACACUGCAUUGGUGGCUACUCUCCUGUGACAAUGCUGUUUGGCAUCUUGCCCAGAGGCUUUCUUGACCCUGAAGAAGCAUCGCCAUCUGACGGAGUUGAACCUGACGAAUCAGCUUUUGAACGAGCUCUACGUCUACGACAAGUUGCUCUUCAAGCCGCACAAGCAGCAAUACUGGAGAGCCGAAUAGCUCGAGCAAACAGGUCGAGACCUCAACAACUGGAGCUUGGAAGUUUGGUGGCUGGGACAUCGAAGGUGGAGAUCUUUCGUGAUGAUGGUGGAGGCUAUGGAUGGAGAGGACCAGUAGACCUUACCUCAUUGGCCUCCGACACCUUCGACCUCUACGAGAUGAAGAAGCUGGUGGAACAAUGCACACCAUACAGACCCUACACCAUGGGAGAGAUCUUGAAGAAGGAGAAGAACGAAACUUUGAUGACGAAAUUUCCCAAAGAGGAGAGCUCAACUGUCGAGCAGAUGAUGAAGGACGCAAGAACCUUUCUGGGCUACCACUACAACCAUGUGACGUUCCACGGGAUCCGAUAUGGACGAGGAAUGAAGCUCAUCAUGGUCCCAAAGUUUUCCAAAGGAACAUUGGUUACCUGGUCUGAAGGGCUCACCGGAAUUGCAGUGGUGGAGCACAACUCUGAUGCUCACAUCCAUGUCAAGGAGCUCUACAACAAGGACAUUGACAAAUUGUGCCACCUCUACCUGUACGGCUACGUGGAGAUCCAUGCAGAAGAAGCCAAAUGGCCCAUACAGAUCUCUCGACGUACCCGACCUACAACGAUGGACCAGAUGGAAGACGACCCUAUGUCAACUUCUUCACCCAUGAACGAGUCCAUCAAAGAGGAAGGCAACAACAAAAGAAAGGAUCCUGAAACCAGGACAGUGGUAUUGGCCCCAGAAAAGAAACGACAGAGAAUGGAGCUGCACAACCUCUUCAUGAAAUCCAUCUGGUGGAUGAUGCAACGAUCCAGACGGAUACAACUUCCUCUACACGAAAUCUGGUAUGAAGAUGAACUGAGAUGGAUGAGGAGAUCACAACUUGGCCAAACACAGCCAACUGCACCACCUCGACUCCUACUACAUCUUCACUGCCGAACUGAGGCGCACUUGAACAUAUACCUGACCACGGGCGAGAUCUACAGAGUGGACGAAGAUACAGACGUCCUGGAUGAACAACAAGUCUUGGAACACUGGCCUCACUUUGAAGAAAGUGAUCGCCUGGAGGUCAAGCAGUUCAUCGAUGAGAAAGUGUUCAAGAAGGUGAAGAUUAGCGAACUUCCUGAAGAAGUUGCUCUUGUGGAUGCAGUUUGGGUGCGCAAGUACAAGCGCACGGCCGACAAGUCUCUCAAGGCAAAGAGCCGCCUUUGUGCCAGAGGAUUCUUAGAUCCUCAGAAGCGAGAACUUCCAACGAGGAGCACUACGGCUACGAGAUUGUCUCAACGCUUGGUGCUGAGUAUGGCUGCCUGCCAUCGCUUCGACAUCAGAGUGGCCACGCCAAAUAGAAGAGUGGUGAUCAUACCUCCUCCAGAUGUUUGGAGACACCUUGGAAGCUUCGAUGAAUCUUUCCACAUCACUGACGAUGAGCAGGGCAUGUGGGGAUUGGAAUGCCUCAAACCUGCCUAUGGACUUGUGGACGCCCCAUUGGCUUGGCAGCUUUGUUUGCAUGAUGCUCUGGAAACUUCAGGAGGAUCACAGUCAUCUUUGGAUGAGAAUCUGUGGCUUUGGAAAAGCCCAACUGGACUGACUGCCUUGAUGACGACACAUGUCGAUGACCUGGCAGUGACUGGAACAGAUGACUUCCUGGAGAACCAGUACAAGUUUCUUUGCGGGCGAUUUGGAAAGAUUUCUAUCCAGAAGCUGCCCUUUGCACAUUGUGGAUGCCGAUGCAGCCGAACUGGCGAUGGAUAUGCCAUGGACCAACAGGAGUUCAUUGACAACAUGAAAGUCCUGGAUUUGGGCCACCUUGGCUCUGACCAAUCACGGUCCCUGGAGCCUUCUGAGAGACGCUGCUGCGCAGCAUACUUGGAGGCGACAGUACAAGAUCUACACAUGGCCAUCAGCAUCGUUCGCAAGGCGAAACUGGCCCAGUACAAUGGCAUUGGCAUCACCUACAAGUGCAUUCCCAAAGAUGUUGCCUGGCGACUGGUCGCAGUUCAUGAUGCAGCAUCAGCUCAAAAGGGCAAGGCAUACUCACAAGAAGGAGUGAUGAUCCUAUUGAUGGAGGACACUCUCAACUUCGACCCAAAGAUCCACACGAUCAAUGGCCUGAACAUCAAUGAAGAAAAGUUUGGUGGACGAGCCCACAUCUUGUUUGCACAUGGUGGAAAGUGUAAAAGGGUGAGUUACUCAACUUCUCACUCCGAAACACUGGCGGCCAUCUCAGGCCUUGAAUCGGCUUCUUUGGUCAGCCUACGUUUGGCUGAAAUUCUACACCCAACUACAAGGCCAACUUUGCAGCAGCUGGCUGCACUUCAGGAGAAGGGCGUGCCAUACCUUCCAGUGGACUGUAUGACAGACUGCAAGGACUUCUGGUCGCUCACAACAGGUGCAACAGCACUUCCUCAAGACCGUUCACAACGUGUCUACAUACUGGCGCAUCGAGAAGCACGACUGUGCGGCAGAUUGCGCUGGGUGAUUUUGGUGCUGACGCAAUCAAUGCUGGCGGACGUUCUGACGAAGGUCAUGUUGAGCCGCCAACUACUUCAUCUUCUUUCAAGCGGAGAAGUUCAGUUUCGAAACGAAGAAGGACACCUGCUGGAAGCGAGACGACUCCCUGUCCAAGAAGAGUUCACAGAGGACGACUUGAACGAAGGAGAUGAAAAGUGGAUCCAGAACAUGCUGAGCAUGGAGGACCUCAAGGAGAUCCAGAACUAUACUACCUCAUGGAGGAGCUCUACUUCGAGAUCUUCUACGUGGAGCACAAGAGCGAGCUUUUGGCUUUUGGCACUGACUUGUGCUGCCAGUCUGACUCAAGGCACUUCAGAAGGAGAUCAAUGCCCUGUCGAGUCAGAACAAGAAUUCAAAGUACAGAAGGUGGUCCUCUUUUCGAUAUCCACCGUUUGCAUGAUUUUGCUGGGCAUGGUAUACUACCUGUGGAAGCUGGUGAAGAAGCUCAACAACAUGGUGGAGGAUGAAUCUCAACAACGAGUUCAGCCGCUGAUUACAGCAGACUUGGUGAACAGGAUGCUCACGACAGAGCACAACGUGAUCGAACUGCAGCUGCAACUCAACGAGACGGUCCGCGACAUCAAAAUCCUUUAUAGGACAGCCAGAAGACGAGCAGGACCACAUCCUGAAGAACCUUCCUCCAGCCGACCGAGAACACAUGACAGUCGACCACCUCUACCUGAACCUGAAGAAGGACUGUCAGUGGAAGGAUCAGAACCUGAGGGUGAAGACUGGAGGGAAAGAACCUUUGAUGAGACAGCAUCAAGGUCAAGAGACGAUAGUCCCAGACUGUCACCAGUGAACAAUGAGUUCGACUACGAGCUGGAUGCAGCUUUGGAUGAUGUUCCGCAUGAUGCAGACCGACACCAACGCCGAGAACUACAGCUGAGAAACAGGCUGCACAUCAUGACCAUCAAGUCGAACAACAUGGAGCACUACCUCCUGGCCUUCACACAGAGGCAUCGCCGAGCUGCCUCACUUGUGGAGAUCAUCGGGCUCUACGACCAACAGGCCCGAUCAAUGGAAGCUCCAGGAACCUAUCCUCAUGCGGAGCUGAUUGGUCACACCUCUGCACCUGAUGGAGUUCUGCGCUACUUCAUCCGGGAGACCUCCGACGAGUUUGGUGACACUGAAAGAGUGUUCAAUACCCAAUUGGGACUGUUCCGAUUCCGCAACAGGCCUGUGUUUGGUUGGGUCCUCAGCGGCGAGAAAAGACGUUGGCCCGUUUUGUCCAUCACUCGGCAAGAGUGCAUGAAAGCGGUUAAGAAGGCGGUGUCGGACCUUCAAAAGAAGGUGCCUCAGAAGGUGACGGAGCUUUCUGACUUGCGCGUGCGACUCUUGCAGUUGGAAGCAGAGGUGAUAUCUCCUUUGGAGGAAUUUAGCAAUUGGUCUCCAGACAAGGAAGUUUCAGCCACCGAUCGACUGCCGCCAUCGAUGGUAUCAUCCCUGACAGACCGGAAAUUGGUGACUGACGACUUCCUCGCUGAGGUGUCCAUGCUGAAACGCAUCGAAUCCGUGAGAAGCCACAGUAACUCGCGACGCGCCAGUUCCUCUAAAUUCAGUUCAUUCAGCGGGAGCGAUAGUCGAGAUCCCAUGGAGCUGGACUGGGCGCCAGGUUCUGGGGGCUCCAGGGACAUGAGCCCCUGGCUCGCAGGCACAUCUUCCAGGUCCAGACAUUCUGGAACCAUCACUCGCUUCAACGAUAUCCGGAAGAUGCCGGAGCAGACAAGCGAGAGUUAUUCUCCAUCAUUUUGGUUUUGUUGCUCUGAGAAAAAGACGCGAACCAAGCUCUGA